UUUCUCUCUUUAUUCUUUAGAGAUUUUCUUUUUCAGCAGUAAGUCUUUUAGAAAAACCCUCCCUCCCUGUCUCUCUAUGAUGCUGACCUGUUCUUUCCUUUACUUCUCCUUUUCUCUCUGCUGAUCUUGCCGCCAUUAGCAACUCCUACUCUUUAGUCUUUUCUUGUCCUUCUACGGUAUAAAUACUGCCGCUAUACACAUAGAAGGAAGGGAUACACGCCAAGAAAAUAUUGUUGCAAUGUUAUAAAGCAAAGCAAAAGUUGUUUUUGUGCUUGUUUUCUUUGACUCUUGAAGACACACAAACAUACGCAUAUAUGCCUGUGCCUGUCAACCAUCUGUCUGUUACUGCUGAUCACCUAUUUAAUGCCUCUAUUCAUCUUCUACUUCAUGCUUCAACCCUUUGUAUUUUCUUCUAUUAAGAGGCAGAGUAAAGUGGAUUUGUUUACAACCUUUGAUUUCUUCUUCAUUUCGUGGUCUGAUCAAUCAAGAAAAUAGAAACUUGGUUUUCCAUUCCAUUCCACUUUCAAAGAAAAUCUUGUGCUUAUUUCAUACAGUUUAAGUUUAGUUUCUUGAUAUAGUAUUGAAAGUUGAUUAAGAAAAGAAGCAGCUUGAGUUUAUCUUUUUGGUUUGGUCUCAAGUUGAAAUCUUUGCUUCUAGUUUACAUGCUAUUUUAGAAAUAACAACAACAAUGGCAGAGAAAGACCCAGAUUUCUAUUCUCACAAACUUCCCUCUGCUUCUCAGGUUUUUGAAGAGCUAAAGGAGUUAUGGGGCAUGGCUUUGCCAAUAACAGCUGCGCACUUAAUGGCUUUCUUUAGAGCAGUGGUCUCAGUUAUGUUCUUGGGCAGGCUAGGCAGUCUAGAACUAGCUGGUGGUGCACUUUCCAUUGGGUUUACAAACAUAACUGGUUACUCUGUCCUCGUGGGUUUAGCUUCUGGACUAGAGCCAGUCUGUAGCCAAGCUUAUGGCAGCAAGAAUUGGGACCUCCUUUCACUCUCUCUUCAACGCAUGAUCGUGAUACUCGGCAUUGCAAUCAUACCCAUAAGUCUUUUGUGGCUUAAUCUUGAAUCAAUCAUGAAUUUUAUGGGCCAAGAUCCUAAUAUUACUGCAAUGGCAGCAACGUACUGUAUGUACUCUCUCCCAGACCUCUUAACGAACACUUUAUUACAGCCCUUGAGGGUUUUCUUAAGGUCACAGCGGGUGACAAAACCCAUUAUGUAUUGCUCCUUAUUGGCCGUUAUUUUCCACGUGCCAUUGAACUAUGCUCUUGUUGUGGUGAUGGGAUGGGGGGUCCCAGGGGUGGCAUUGGCAUCAGUUGUGACUAACAUGAACAUGGUGGUGCUGAUGGUGGGGUAUGUGUGGUGGGUUAGUGGACGAUGGGAGAUGAGAUGGAGGGUUGAGAUUGGAGGGGUGUGUGGUGGGGUGGGACCGCUUUUGAAGGUGGCAGUCCCUAGCUGCUUAGGGAUUUGCUUGGAGUGGUGGUGGUAUGAGAUAGUGACUGUCUUGGCAGGGUACUUGCCGAAUCCCACACUGGCGGUGGCCGCCACUGGGAUUCUCAUCCAGACCACAAGCAUGAUGUAUACCGUCCCCAUGGCACUUGCUGGCUGUGUCUCUGCUCGGGUAGGGAACGAACUUGGAGCUGGUAAGCCAUACAAAGCCAAGUUGGCAGCCAUGGUUGCAUUGGGUUGUGCCUUUGUGAUCGGCAUUCUCAAUGUGACAUGGACAGUAUUCCUUAGAGAGCGAUGGGCUGGUCUGUUCACUACGGAUGUUCUUGUUAAAGGUCUUGUAGCAGCUGUUUUACCAAUAAUAGGGCUCUGUGAGCUUGGUAACUGCCCUCAAACAACUGGCUGUGGCAUCCUACGGGCCACAGCACGGCCCGCCGUCGGAGCUCGUAUAAAUUUAGGCUCAUUCUACUUUGUGGGCACCCCAGUAGCAGUAGGCCUGGCCUUUGGGCUAAACAUUGGGUUUUCUGGGCUGUGGUUCGGGCUCCUCUCAGCCCAGAUAGCUUGUGCGUUGUCUAUUCUCUAUGUUGUCAUGGUCCGUACAGACUGGGAACAUGAGGCUUUCAAGGCGAAGGAGCUAACUAGCAUGGAAAUGAGCGCAUGCAAUGGCGUUGGUCACAAAGAACAUGAGCGAGACGAAGAGAGUAAAGGGUUGUUAAUGAAUGGUGAUGGUGACAUGGUAGAUCAUGUUUGAAUGACAGAACGUGUAAUGUGAUAGAUGGUGCUGAGCUUUAUGAGAUUUCUUUUCGUUGUUUCGCUGCUUUUUGGGGAGGAUCUGACGCAUCCUUGGAGUUUUGUGCUGCCUUUCUUUGUUGUUUUGCUGGGGUUGUACUGGAGAGCCUAUUCGUGAAGGUUGCCAUGGAGCUCUUUUGUGUCAAGAAAGAAUGUCACUCGCCAUGUAAAAGCACUGUUACUUUAAAGAGGAAUGACCUCCACCAUGCUUCUUGAAA